GCCGCGGAUCUCACACUGGAGUUUCUGCGUAUCGGAGCAUUGCGUGGCUUGUGUCGUCAACCAGAAAAUUCUCGGCCUGUGGCAUGGCCUUUACUUGUUCUUCUUUUUAAAAGCGAUCUCCCUCCGACACCCGCCCAUCUCCAACGACUUUUCUCCACCGUUCGAACGUCUCCUAGACUACUAGACUACUGCCGGGCUGUACACCUCACCACCCACCGACUUUCUCUUCUCCCAGCCUUCGCCUUUCGCUUCUUCGUGGACGUGCCCAUCACUUCCCUUCCCAUACUCUCUCUCUCCCGAUCCACCACCACACUCGAGGACAGCGUGCAGUUGUUUCACUACCCUUAUUGAAAUCCAAUCGACACCGGUUGACCUCCACGCCGUGAUCGCCUUGGCAGUUCCCACCUUUCACAAUCGCACUCCACAACGGCCGCCAAAGCACGAAGCUCAGGGCACUUGGGCAGAUCACAACCGUUUCAGAACCCGCCCUAGCCAUACCCAGCUGCCUUGAAUCACGGACGCUAAAGCAAAAGAAAACUAGACCCAUCCGGUUUUUUUAAAUAAGAUGGCAGGCCCCCAAGAGUCGGCCCCUUCUCCUCGUCGGAGUCGUGGGUUCAGCGUCAAAUCCGAGUCUUCCCAUAAAUCUCAUCUCUCCGAAUCCUCUCAGGAGAAGGCCCGGCGCAAUCUACAUACCAAGGCAGAUCCUACAGUCGCAAUGAACGAGUUGCAGCCCAUGGCGGUUGCUCUGGAAAAGUCCAAUUUGGGCUCUCUCCGGGCAAUGGAACAUAAGGAUCAAUAUGGCAAUCCUAUCACCGAUCCCGACUGGUCAAACCCCACCCGCCCACGUUUCGAGCGCCCGCUGGAUACUAUCCGCUCCUUCGAAGCAGCCAUCUACGGCACCUACAGCAGUCAACGCCCGGUCUCGUACGCCCGUACAGAUGAUGCCGCUUCGCAGAUGGGCGACUACAGCCGCCGAACAAGCUACUAUGGAGGUCACAAUAAUGGCCACUCAAGCCGCGGUUACGGCGAUCAGAACGGUUACGGACGUAGCGCCCAAUCCCACCCGGAUAGCAUGAUCGAUGCCUAUGGCGGCUCCAGCCAGGCCCCCGAUAACUCCUAUCCCUACAGCCAAAACGGCCACGGUCGGCGCCCUCGCCAAAACCCGCGCCAGUCUUCAGAGCAGAACGGCUAUGCCAACGGUAACGGUCAGUACGCCUACCAGCAGCAAAAUUACCAACGCUCCUACGACAACGUCACCGCCAUGUCUGGCUCCGGCUAUACCGAUCCGUACGGACAAUCCACAGACCCGAGCAGCCUCAACAGUUCAAUGGAUCAAUUGCAGCAGCAGGCUCUGCAGCAACAGCGACUUGAUGAACGCGCUCAAGCCGAGUCUGGCUACCAGGGGUUCGGCGGUAGCCCGAAUAUGAACGGGUAUGGGAAGAAUCUCCCGUCUCCACCGGCGGCCGUCGCGGAUCCAGGUUCGGGGGGUGCCGCUCCUGCAAAUGGACAUCUGAGGAAAACCCCGACGGCGAACGUGAAGGCGCAGGCACCAGCAAACUCGGAGAAGAGGAAGAGUUGGUUCAAGAAGCGGUUUAGCAAGGGAUAGAUGAGGACAGAUAUCGUGAUACCCGUUUUGUUCUGCCUUGUCUUCUCUGGAGCUGGGCUUUUCUUCUUUCGUGCUCCGAGUCGAGAUCUUUCUCGCUUCGAGGAAAGAUGUACCACCACUCAUCCAUUCAUCGACUCAUACGUUUCCCGGAGCUGGCGUUUCUUGGGUCUUUCAUCGCGUUCGGUUCUGUUCUAUCUCAUACCAUGAUACGGUACUACCAUGGUUUCUGAUCCCCAUGUGCAUGGAUAUACCACGAUUGGGAUAAGCGGUCACAUUGUUCGAUGUUCGUUUCAUAUCUGCCUUUUCUUUUUCUUUUUCUUUCUGCUUGCUGGGCUGUGCUCUUCUUAUUUUCGCUUUUCGAGUUCAUGCUUUACGAGUUCAUGAUACAUGGGACUGUUUAUGGGAUAUGGGAUAUGGAAAUUAUGGGGGUUCUCCUACUUUUUGGCACGGUUUUUGAUUUUGAUUUUGGGU